AUGGCCUCUCCAAUUCUCAACCCAGUUAGUUCUUAUUUAUUUUGAAUACAUUUUCAAAUUCCAAACUUUUAGGCAACCCCAGGAUCAUAUGCUUUGCAUAGCGCUGUCCAAUCUGGACUCCAAAUCAACUUUGCCGGACAAGUUGAUCACAAGAAGAAGGAUUUCGCUAUCAACUUGGUUGCUGGAGGAAAUAUUGCUCUUCACAUCAACUUCAGAUUCGAGAAAACCAAGACUGUUGCCAUGAAUUCUCAAAUCGGAAAUGGAUGGGGAAACGAGGUAAUUUCCUAAUAAAAAGUAGUAAAAGUGUUACUUAUUUUUAUUUAAAAAUUUUUAGGUCCGUCACGAUAACCCACUCCACCACGACAACACUUUCGAACUUCAAGUUCGUGUUUAUCCAGGAUAUUUCCAUGUCACCGUUAAUGGAAUUCUUCUCGCUGAUUUCCCACAUCGUCUUCCAUAUGAAAGUAUUCAAGCAAUCUCACUCGAUGGACAUGUUCACAUGAAAGCCAUUACUUUCACCCGCUUUGCCUAA